CGUACUUUCCUCGAGGAAAAAUGCUCGGAGGAUCCACUUCCAUGAACCAGAUGGUUUAUACACGUGGAAAUCGCCAGAACUAUGAUCGUUGGGCGCAAUUGGGAAACGAAGGCUGGAGUUGGGAUGAAGUGCUGCCGUAUUUCAUCAAAUCUGAAAAUAAUAAGGCUGCUGAAGUUGUCAACGCUUAUGGAGAAGGCUAUCAUGGAGUAGGAGGUUAUCAGAGUGUCGAUUUCAUGCCGGAGUCAUUGCCUUAUGACUCGAUACUGAUGGAGGCUUACCGAGAAGCAGGCUUCAAGAAGUUGAUUGACUAUAACUCAGUCGAGCACAUAGGAUAUGUUUGGAUGCAAUAUACUAUCGAAGGAGCGACAAGAGCUAGUAGCGCUAAAUCGUUCCUUACUCCUGUGAAACAUCGGCAGAAUUUACAUAUCAUAAAGAAUGCUUUCGUAACCUCAUUGCAUUUUGACCCAAGCGAGACGGUUCGAGGAGUCAACGUAGUUGUACAGGGAAAAUAUGAAAUGCAGGCCUUAGCACGAAAAGAAGUAAUUUUGUCGGCUGGUGCCUUCAACACCCCUCAAAUUCUCAUGCUGUCAGGGAUCGGUAGGAGUGAGCAGUUAGAUACUUUCAACAUCCCUCUUAAGAAAGAGUUGAGCGUGGGUUAUAAUUUACAAGAUCAUGUUUACGUACCGCUGUUUUUCGGUUUGGAUCCGGUUACGAAUAAUGAAAACAGAAAUAGUAAAACAUUAUUAAACCUUUUCGAUUUCACUUUCUAUAACCGAAGUCAGCUGAUAAUUUUUGAUAGAGUCAGGAAUGUGAUGGCGUUCGAGAACACAAAAAGUAAUGUGGAAAUGUUUCCGAACGUCCAAUACUUCAAUACAUUUUUCCCCAGAGGGGAUCUUAGUGCGUUACAAUUCUUCGAAGUUCACGAAUACGAGUCAUACUUAGCAGACUCAAUGAGAGAUUACUUAAUAAAUCAAGAUAUUGCUGGGGUUCUUAUUUCAGGACUCACUCCUAAAUCACGAGGUAGUCUAAAGAUCGUCUCAACCAAUCCUUACGAUCACCUUUCAAUAGAAACGGGUUACUUUACAGAACCGGAAGAUAUUGAACCGUUUAUCGAAGGAAUACGUAAUCAGCAAAGACUGUUCAAAACGCCAACUUUUCAACGAUUCCAAGCCAAGGUUAUCAAACUUAAUAUACCAGGCUGUGAUCGAUUUACCUUUGACACAGAUCAAUACUGGAAAUGUUAUGUGAGACACAUGAGCACAUCAACCUACCAUCCAUCUGGAACGGCCAAAAUGGGUCCCGGCUCAGAUCCGGAUGCUGUGGUUGAUUCGCAGCUCCGAGUUCACGGUGUCAAAGGAUUGCGAGUAAUCGAUGCAAGUAUAUUUCCGAUAAUUACUAGUGGCAAUACCAAUGCUCCAACAAUGAUGGUCGCCGAGAAAGGAUCAGAUAUGAUUAAACUAGCCUAUUCGUAACAGUAGAAAUUUAUUUUGUUCUCAAAUAGAAUCA